AUGGCCGCCACGACUAACGGUGAUGCAGCUGCCGUGCUCGACGACAUCAAGCCUCCCCAGGGCGUCGUCCUGCCCCCCAGGGAGUUCCGCACCAUCCUCGAGAAGACGGCCGGCUUCGUCGCUAGGAACGGCAACGUCUUCGAGGAGCGUAUCCGGGAGAAGGAGAAGAACAACCCAAAGUUCAGCUUCCUGAGCAACGCCGAUCCCUACAACCCUUUUUACCUAUGGCGCCUCAGCGAGAUCAAGGAGGGCCGUGGCACAGCUGUCGCCGCUGGCCGCGUCGGCGAGGCUGCUGCACCCGUUGAGGAGAAGCCCACCGGCCCUCCCGAGCCCCCGGCCUUCAAGUUCUCCGCACGCAUGCCCAACAUCAGCGCCUCCGACCUCGAGGUCGUACGCUUGACGGCGCUGUUCGUCGCCAAGAACGGCCGCCAGUUCAUGAUGGCCCUCACCCAGCGCGAGACCGGCAACUACCAGUUCGACUUCCUCCGCCCCAACCACAGCUUGCACAACUUCUUUCAACACCUGAUAGAUCAGUACUCGAUGCUCUUGCGGGCCGGCGGCAUUGACGGAGAGGGCGGCCGCCAACAGCAAGAGCGUGUCGCCGAGCUGCAAAGAAACGUCGACGACAGGUUCCACAUUCUGGCGCGGGCCCGCCAGAGGGCAGAGUGGCUUGCGUACCAAGAAGAGUCCAAGCAGCAGAAAGAGGAAGAGGAAGAGAAGGAGCGGCAAUCGUAUGCGCAGAUCGACUGGCACGAUUUCGUUGUCGUCGAGACGGUUGUUUUCACCGAGACCGACGACCAAGCCAACCUACCGCCACCAACGUCGCUCAACGAUCUGCAAUAUGCUUCUCUGGAGCAGAAGGCCAAGGUCUCCGUCAACGCCAAUUUCCGCAUCGAGGAGGGUUUCCCUUCGGAGGAAGACAGCGCAUACAACGGCUACGCCGCGCCUGCCCAACCAAGCUAUAACAUCCCUCACCACCCGGCGUAUCCCGCUCAAGCUAUGCCAGGUGUACAGCCCUACCAGCCACAACAGAUACCCACCCCUCCUCAGGCUGGCUAUGGAAUGGCGCCGCCCCCGCGACCGAACGGUAUGCAGGAAGACGAGGAGUCCCAACGGAUACGCGAGAGGGAGGAGGCGCGUGCUCGGGUACAACAAGCCCAAGCCGAAGCCAAGGGCGGUGCUGCGCCAAUGAAGAUCCGAGAGAACUAUGUUCCCAGGGCAUUGGCACGCACGGCGAGCAAGCAGUCCGGCCAGAUGGCCCUGUGUCCCAACUGCAAACAGCAGAUCCCCAUGAACGAGCUGGAGGACCAUAUGCGCAUCGAGAUGUUGGAUCCCCGGUGGAAGGAGCAGAAGGCCAAGGCCGAGUCGAGGUUCGCGACCAGCAACUUGGUACAGGCAGAUGCGGCGAACAACCUGAAGCGCUUCGCCAGCCAGCGGAGCGAUCUCUUCGAUGGCGUAACAGGCCAACCCAUCAUCUCGGAAGAAGAGCAGGCCCGGCGGAAGAGGGCUGCCUUGAACAGCUUUGAUGGCAACUUGGACAACCGGAAUCCAAACCAAGCCGCCCAUGUCCAGAACGUCAACGUAGACGAACAGAUUCGCGCUAUCCACCAAAAGUUCGCGCAGCAAAACCAACAAGGUUGA